AUGGCCCCCUCCGCUGCCGAUCCCAACUCAAGUACCUCGCCAUCCCCAUUUCCCCAUGGCGUCUUCCACGCCAACGGUGCUCAGACCGACCCACCACUUCCCGCGUCCGACCCGACAAUCGGAUUCAAGCUAAAUCAUUUCAUGCUGCGGAUUCGAGAACCCAAACGUUCUUUGUAUUUCUAUAUCAAUCUCAUGGGAAUGCGGACAGUCUUUACCAUGAAUGUGGGCCCUUUCACCAUCUAUUAUCUUGGAUACCCCCAGACCGACGAGCACAGGGCCGAUCUACCCAAGUUCGGCUUGGACACUGCCACAAAUCUGCAGUCGACUCUGGGCUUGUUGGAAUUGUACCAUGUCCACGGUUCGGAGAAGCAGGAAGAAGGGUAUUAUCAGACUGGUAACGGCCCACCGAAUCUGGGAUUUGGACAUCUGGGUUUCACCGUGCCGAGCGUCCCGAAGGCUUUGACGAGGCUGCGGGAAAACGGGGUGGAGGUUCUUAAGGAUCUUGGUGUAGCAAAUCUGCGAUCUAUUCCGAUCUCAGAGUGGGAGAACGAAAAUGGAGUCGGCCUGGAGGUUCCAGGUACUGGGACGGAAAUUCAUCCGGAAUAUAAGAAGGUUUUUGAGAAGAUCGCCUUUGUCAAGGACCCCGAUGGGUACAUUGUUGAACUUGUCCCACAGAAUAUUGAUCCGUUGGAUCCGUGA